AAAAAAAAUACCAAUGUGGCGUCAUAUCUGUCUUUUACAUUUUUUUCUGUUUUUUUACAAUUUUCUUAAAUCAAAGCAUUCUUCUUUGAUAAAACAUUUUUUAAAAUUUCCUGUAAAAUUAUUUAAAGAUAAAAAAUGAGUGACAUUUUAUCUCCAAUUUUUCCCAAAAAGCGAAAACUGCAUCACGUGGAUUCCAUCAAAAUUCCAUUCGAUUUGAUGAGUCUGGAUGACGAUUGCUUGCUUCAUCUUCUCGCCUACUUCACCGCUUUGGAACUUAUCCAUCUUCGUGGUCUCUGUUCCCGCUUAGAUCGCCUCAUUCUUCGUCAUCGUCGUAAUUACGUCACUUUCAACUUUUCCAGCAUUCCAAUUUCGGAACUGACCUCGGUACGAGUUCACGAAAUCCUCGAAUUUUUGGGUCCUGUCGUAAAAUCUCUCACCAUCAACAUUUGCUGCCUCAAUUUGGAAUAUUUCAUGGGAAUUGAAGGUCGCGUGAAAAAAUUUGCUGAACUUUAUUCGUGCAUCGCACAAAAUUGCGUCAAACUGGAGUCACUAACUUUGGAAUUUCUGGACUUGAAUUCAAGAACAGUCAAAAAUUUGAGUCUCGUCGUGAAAAAAUUAAAAUCUUUCACGUUGCGUCAAUGUCAAUUUGGCGAGUCGUUUGUUUCGUGCUUCGAUGACGUCAAAAAUUUGGAAGAAUUGUCAAUUUUGAAGAACUUUUCAAUCACGUACGAAUUUCUGACAAAAGUUUCCAACCUCAAAACUUUGUGCAUCGAAGACUGCAAAAACUCCGUAUUCGACGAAUUUGAUUUCACGAAGGUUUUUAAAAAUAACUCGACACUGAAAAAGUUGGAAAUUCAAAACUGCAAAUGGCUCAACGACUCGUUGAUGAAUUUUAUCACAGAAAACGUCACCGAAAUUCAGGAUUUGUCGAUUUCUGGCUUUACUGACGUCAAAAUUCAUCGAAUUUCAGCCUUACAACAUUUAAAAAGGCUCAAAAUUGACGCGACAAACGAUAAAGGAGUCAAAUCGACAGACGUGGAGUCUCUUUUGAAUGGUCUGAACGAAGAAAAUCUCGAAGAUUUUCAUUUUACAACCGAUAAUUUAUGCUUUAAAAUUGAUUUGGUCGCGAAAUUUGUGAAUUUGAGGCAGUUAUCGUUGAUUCGAUGCAACAAAAUUACCGACAUUCAGAUGAAAAAGUUGCAAAAAUUGACGUCAUUGGAGGUUUUAUCGCUCGAGGGCACGGCAUUUUCACAAAAUUCUCUUCUUGGUUUGAUAGAUUCUUUGCCAAGGCUGUAUUUGUUGUGGAUGACAAACGAUAAAAUGAGCCCUAAGCUAAAUUUGGAGUUUUUUGAGGAGUUAAUUUGUUUGUUGAAAAAGACACAAGAUCGUUCGAUGGAAUUUGCAGCUACUUACAAGAUGGGCCAAAAUAGAGAGAUUUCUCAAAAUAUUCUGGAUUUGUUGGAAAAAAAUCGGAAAUGCUUGAAAUUUGUCGUUUUGGUGAGAGUUCCUUGCGGAAGUGGAAUGUGUCAUUAAAAUUUGAGAUUUUUAUUUUUAAUCCUUUUAAUAAAAAUUCUUUUUAAUUUU